AGUACUCCCUCUGCCACCGCUACGUUGUCGUCAACAGCACUGACGUUCCGAUGCACACGUGCCGUGUGCAAAGGCCUGGCUAUGACUAGGACGGCCACGACGCGAGAACCGCCAUUCGAAUCCAGUAUUAGUGCGGUGUAGAGUGCUCCUCGGUGUUUUUGAUCUUGACGCCUGUCUUCCUCCCCGAGUUUAUCAAGUUUCAUUCGUGACUUCGACCGAUACCCGGUGUACAGACAAAAUGCCUUUUAAACCAGUAGAGCACCCAAAGUGUCCCAAAUGCGGCAAAUCCGUAUACGCCGCGGAAGAACGUGUUGCCGGAGGACUCAAAUGGCACAAGAUGUGCUUCAAGUGUGGUCUGUGUGGCAAAUUGCUCGACUCGACAAACUGCAGCGAGCACGAGGGUGAGCUUUUUUGCAAAGUGUGCCAUGGACGCAAGUUCGGUCCUAAAGGAUACGGCUUCGGUGGAGGCGCUGGUUGCCUGUCCAUGGAUCAGGGCGAACACUUGAAGAGUAGCGAGGAUCUUGCGAGAGGAUCGAACGCUAUACUGGAACCAAGAGCCAUCGCGAAGGCACCGGAAGGGGAAGGGUGUCCCCGAUGCGGAGGAUAUGUGUACGCUGCUGAGCAGAUGCUAGCUCGAGGAAGGGCUUACCAUAAACAAUGCUACAAGUGCAAAACCUGUCACCGGUCUCUGGACUCGACGCUUCAUUGCGAUGGUCCUGAUCGCGAGAUAUAUUGUCGAGCUUGCUAUCCGAAGAAAUUCGGUCCGCGAGGUAUUGGCCACGCUGGGGUUAUGUGGAUCGGGCUGCAGUGCGAUAUUGAGGACGAGGGCGAUGCUGCCCCUCGUACGACCGUGAUUGACACCGCCGCGAUCAAGGCGCCACCUGGCAAGGGUUGUCCACGUUGCGGUGGCGUUGUGUUCGCCGCUGAGCAAGUGCUUGCAAAGGGCCGUGAAUGGCACAGGAAAUGCUACAAGUGUCGCGAUUGCACCAAAACUCUUGACUCUAUCAUCGCCUGUGACGGGCCCGACAAAGACGUCUAUUGCAAGACCUGCUACGGGAAAAAAUGGGGACCGCACGGAUACGGAUUCGCAUGUGGAUCGGGAUUCUUACAGACCGAUGGCUUAACGGAGGAAGAAAUUUCGGCCAGUCGGCCAUUUUACAAUCCUGAUACGACGGCUAUCAAGGCACCAGCUGGCCAGGGUUGCCCUCGUUGCGGUGGCAUGGUAUUUGCUGCCGAACAGCAGCUUGCCAAAGGCACCAUGUGGCACAAGAAAUGCUUCAACUGUGCCGAGUGCCACCGACCUUUGGACUCUAUGUUAGCCUGCGACGGGCCCGACAAGGAAAUCCACUGCCGAUCUUGCUACAGUAAGCUCUUCGGACCCAAAGGAUUCGGAUUCGGUCACACGCCGACUCUCGUUUCAACGAAUGGAGAUCACGCUCCCUCAUACAUUGAUGCGAAGCCCCAGGUCGGCCAGAAGCGAAACGACGGGCAUGGGUGUGCGCGUUGCGGCUACCCGGUGUAUGCUGCAGAGCAGAUGAUCUCAAAGAACCGUGUAUGGCACAAGCGUUGCUUUAGCUGUGCCGAAUGCCAUCGUUCGUUAGACUCGACGAAUCUGAACGACGGGCCUGACGGCGACAUUUAUUGCCGUGGCUGUUACAACCGGAAUUUCGGGCCGAAGGGGGUGGGCUUCGGCAUGGGCGCGGGCACCCUGACGAUGGCCUAACUUCUUCAGGAACAUCGACGCGCUCGAACCAGUCUCAUAUAUAUAUAUAUAUAAAUAUAAAUAUACGCAUAAAUAUAAUUAUAUCCGACGUAUGCGUGCGAAUAAACGAUGAGGACGUUCGUAAUUACCACUGUACAGGACUCUUCAUUUAUUCGUAUGUAUAGGAAUAUGUAUAUGUAUAGACGCAUGACUCCUCGACUAACUCCGACGAAGUGACGAAGAAUACGCUGCUCCAAAAUCUAAAAACAAAAAACAAAAAAAAAAUGAAGGAAAAAUUUUCUUUUUUUCGCUAACGACGACUGCACACCGAUUCGAUCGUAACGAAGACUGCACGCACGUUUCGUCGAUCCUCUUCGACAACGUGGCGCACGAACGACCGAGAUAUCACGAUUAAUCGAACCAUAUGUAACGAGCAAGCUUUUAUUACUUUUGUAUGGCGAAAAUUUGCGAGAUGGAAGUUCGGUUUCCUUUUCUCGGAAAAGCAGACUCUAUCCCUGUCCACUUGCGUUCGCAGCGAGGUUUGGAAUUCGGGACGAAUGUCGGACUAGAUUCCCUCAUGGAGCCUGAAGAAGGAAAGCCAGGGUCUGCUUUCCGGGGAAAGGACGCGUGAAUGAACGAAACAAAGAGUACAAAGGACAAAUCCGUAUAUACCUGGACCGCAAUCAGGAGCAACGAUUGUAGUUAACGACGACAAAAGUGACGAGCGAAGAAGAACAAACAGAUGCAAAAAUGAUUAUUUUCAAUAAAUGUAUAUUUCGAAAAAAAGAGAACCAAAGAAAUUAUGGGGGUUGGCCUGUGUUUCGUGGAAAGGGAAGCGGCGAAACGUCGUUUCGACGACAUUCUCGACAUUCCAGUUGUGUGUCAGAUCGAAGACCUCGUCGAAGGAAAAGUCAUCGUUUCAAGCGAGCCUCGGUGCAUCCUUAUCGAUAUUCUAUAGAAGAUAGACCCGAAGCAUUUACUAUAUAAAAAUAGUUUGGAUGUCGAGAGAUUAACGACACGUUCUGAACCUUCGAACCGGAAGUCCCCAAGGGAAUGCGUCCUGGGACGGUGGAAUUUUUAUGAUUUAAUCUUUAAGCAGCCGCAGAUAGAUACACGACCGUGAGGUCGUGAUCGAUGGAUCACAUUUAGCGAGCUGUUCUGUAAAAUAAAUAUUUCUUCUCGAUUCCUAAAUGACCAGGCUGUUGAUUAUCGACCCCUCGUGCACUUAAAGAUUAAACGGCCGGAACGUGCGUCGUUUCUCAUCGAUUUAAGUAUUAAUUUCCGCGAUUAACCGAACAAACGGGAGAGCGAUAAGUUUUCCUUCGACUAUCGGGAACGGCUACCUUUCGUUUUCUCUCCUUCCUUUCAUUCUAUCUCACUCUUUCUCGAUCACUCAAGGUUUUCGUAUCGUCAGGGACACGGACUAAUAUUAUCCUUAAUGCGAAUGGACCUUAAUAAAUCUUAUUACGCUAAUGUA